AUGGGAGGUGCUACCCUACUCUCAGCGGCUCUAGAGUACCGCGCCCAGCUAGAGUCGGUAGCCGAAUUUCUACGAAUUCUGGCUGGCAUAUGCUGGACACUGAACUACUUCAGCAUGAUGUAUGUUUCAGGGCGCGAAAAGAUUCCCAACACCGGAGUCUUCCCUCUCUGCUGUGAUAUUGCAUGGGAGUUUGUGUACGCAUUCAUACACCCAACCGCGAGUGCCCACUGGCAGGGUGGUGUCAAAGUAUGGUUCUUGGUCCAUUGCGCCGUGGUUACAUACAUUCUGAAAUUUGCACCCAACGAAUGGGAUGAUACUCCGAUCGUGAAAAGAAAUAUACGUUUCAUUUAUGGGGCAGUCACUCUUGGCUUCCUUGGGGCGCAAUGGUCUUUCGCGGAAGAGGUCGGUCCUGAUUUAGGGUUUUUCUAUGGCGGUGUUCUAUGCCAGACCUUAGCAAGCCUGGGGCCGAUCUGCCAGCUUCUGGCACGGAACAGUACUCGCGGAAGCUCCUUGUUGACGUGGGGACUACGAGCCACUGCAACAGUGGGAGGAUUCAUUAAAUUGUCCAUUUACUACAUCUGCGAUAUCCCUGCAGGGCCCUGGUUCGAGAGUCCUAUGUGCAAAUUCUAUAUUAUCCUGACUCUUGUGCUUGAUGUUUCUUAUCCAUUCUUAUAUUCGGCUGUUCGGCGCCAGGAGUUAGCCAGUGCUGCAGCCCCAAAAAAGAGAAACUAA